AUGGCGUUGAAAGUCAGUGAAGUUUGACAGCUGAGAAGGGAAGAAAUUUCAUUGCGUGUUGUUUUGUAAGAAGAACAAGGAUUUUUUCUAGGAUAGCGGCGUGAAAAAGGGCAGAAAAGAUGGGGAAAGGUUUUAAUAACUACAUGUGCAAGAAGUUCUUUCAUCCAGCCUCGCGGGAUAAUCUCAAGAGGGUCUGGAUGGCUGAGCAGCAGGCUGAGGCGUACAAGAAGAAGCAAGAGGAGCUGCGGGCGCAGUACGAGAAGGAGCAGGACUUGCAUGAGAACAAGGCGAUGCUGAGCAAGGAGAGCAAGGACAAACUGAGCAUCAAUUUCAUGUACGAACCGCCGCCGGGUGUCCGGAAGGAGCGCGAGAAGGAGGACAACGAGCCGGAGUACAAGUUCGAGUGGCAGCGCAAGUACAAUGCGCCGCGCGAGAGUUACUGCAAGGGCGACACGGAGAUCCGGGAUCAGCCGUUCGGCAUCCAGGUGAGGAACGUGCGGUGCAUCAAGUGCCACAAGUGGGGCCACAUCAACACGGACAAGGAGUGCACCAUGUACAGCAUCUCCAUGAGCGAGGCGCGGAAGCUCCACUCGGAGGCCGAGGCGCAGUCCAUCAUGGCCAAGGGCGUUCUGGAGGAGCAGAUGAAGGAAGAUGGCUUGGCGAUGCGCAAGAGCGCCAUGAGUCUGCAGAGCUUCCAGUCUGGCCGCCUGCAUCAGCUCAUCCCCAGCGACGAUGAGGCCGAUGAGUCGGUGAAGAAGCCCGAAAUGGCAUUUCUCAAGUCACUGUCCACGGAGCAGAAGCGCAAACUCCUGCGGAAGCUGGAGAAGAUCGAGAAGAAGAGUCGCAAGAAGAAGAAAUCCAAGUCCAAGAAGCACCGUCGAGACUCCAGCACCUGUGAUGAGUCUGAGGAGGAGAAGAAGCGCUCAAGGAAGCAUCGAAGACAGUCCAGAAGUCGCUCGCGAACGCCAAAAAGGCACAGGAAGUAA